AUGCCCAGUUUCCGUUCGAAGGAAGUUCAGCAACUGCUGCACAACAAGUUCGUGGUCAUCCUGGGCGACUCGAUCCAGAGGUCGGUGUAUAAAGACCUCAUCCGGGUUCUCCAGAACGACUCCCUGCUUUCCUCUUCGCAAAUGAAGUCCAAGGGGGAGCUCUGCUUUGAAAACGACCACUUGAUCGAAGGGGGCGUCCUGGGGGAGCUGCACAACGGCACGCAUUAUCGUGAAGUCCGCCAGUACCGCACGGACCACCAUCUCGUCCGCUUCUACUUCCUGACGCGCGUGUACUCCGACUACCUGGAGAGCAUCUUGGACGAUUUCCAGGCCGGCCCCGAGCCAGAUGUCUUGGUCCUCAACUCCUGCAUUUGGGACGUCUCAAGGUACGGCUCUUCCUCCAUGAAAGAAUACCGCAAGAACCUGCAGACCGUCUUCAACAGACUCGACGCGGUGCUCCCCGCCUCUUGCUUGGUCCUCUGGAACAUGACCAUGCCCCUGGGCCCCAAGGUUACGGGGGGCUUUCUCAUCCCUGAGGUAAAAUGGGGGUCCAAAGGAUCUUGA